AUGGCAGCUGGCAUGAUGUACCCAACUGUGCCUCCACCCCCACCACCGCCAUCAAUAAUGGUGCCUUCACAGGUUCGUCUGCGACCAGGAGGCCCAAAUGAUCCAUUUCCUCCAGGCCUGCCAUACUUGAGGCCAGGGUUACCAGGUCCGCAGCUCAUACCGCCACCACCGCCCAAACCACAGCCUGUAGUAUUAUCAGCUGCUCCAAAGCUAUACAAACAACCAAAGGAAGAUGAAGAAAAGAAGGAGAAAGAGAGCCGGAAAAGGAAACACUCUCCGCCCCCUCCACCUCCCCCUCGACCAGAGCCGGUCGUGGAGCCAGUGUUGCCGACACCACCUCCCCCUCCAGUCCUGUCCACACCUGACGUUGUUACCAAGCCUAAGAAGGAAAAAAAAAACAGGAAGGUGGUGAGAACAGCAGGUGGUCAAGUUUGGGAGGACGUGACUCUUCUUGAUUGGCCCGACGAUGAUUUCCGCAUGUUCUGUGGUGAUCUCGGCAAUGAUGUGACGGAUGAAUUGUUGACGCGAACAUUUAGCAAGUACACCUCCUUCCAAAGGGCGAAGGUGAUCAGAGACAAACGAACAAACAAAAGCAAGGGCUUCGGUUUCGUCAGCUUCAAAGAUCCUGGAGACUUUAUCAAGGCUAUGAAGGAAAUGGAUGGUCGUUACGUAGGGAGCCGACCUAUCAAGCUAAGAAAGAGUACGUGGAAAAACCGCGCUCUGGAUGUUGUGCGUAAGAAGGAGAAGGAAAAGGCGGCAUUGCUCUCUCUACUCAUGUCCGGCAACAAGAGCUGA